UCUCGCUGCGUUGACGUGUGUUAGCCGUUAGCUAACUAUUAACCGUUAGCUAACUAUUAACCGUUAGCUAACUAUUAACCGUUAACUAAGACCAGAAAACUUCAGCUAACAUCACAAGAAACUCUCAGAAUUCAAAAUACAAGAUUACAGGUUGUAAAUUAUUUCAAUUCCUCCAAGAGCAGGGGUUUGAGUGUUUGGGAAAAUCAUCCACCAGUUCACAGAAACAGUUUCAGAGACAAUGAAGAAAAGGACAGUCACUGGAUCUGCAAGUGAGGAUGUGCAGAACACGGGAGAUUGUGUUCAGAGGGAAUCCAUCAACAUAACACCGAGGGUUGAAGAACAGGCCGCAUCAAGGCCUGAAGAAGAAGAGCUGGAAAUGAAAGACUGCAGGAACACACAGUCACCGGGUCCAGGAGAAACCGGAGGGAGGACUCAUACUCCUCCGCUGGCUGAACCUCUCCAUACACAUGAGGUGAAUGAGGGGGAAGGACAGAGAGAGGAAGAGGACGCUCAGGAAGAGGACGCUCAGGAUGAAGAUCGUGCGGCUCCCUCCACGCUGAUGAGGAAGUUCCUCAGAGCUCUAGUGGACAGAAACUUCCGGCUCGCCUAUAGCCUGUGUCAGUUCAUUCUCACCUAUGAACCAGACCAUCCUCAGGCCUCUGUGUUUCUCUCGCUGAUCAAGCAGAAGCUGCAGGAGGAGCAAGAGACAGAGGAGAGCAAUGAGGAAGAUGAGGAAGAAGAUGACAUAAGCGAUGAUGAUGAAGACUCUGGAAAUGAUGAGGAGUCUUCUCAGAGCUCCAGCUCCUCUUCGUCCCCUACUGAUGAUGACGAUAAAGAAGACAUAAAUGAACAGAAUCUAUUGGAAUAAUGUCUUCUAUUUUUCUAGUUGCAUCUUUUGAAACAAACAUAUUCCACUUUUGAAUCUUGAGUAACUUUGGUCAUAAGUCUUUAUUCAUUUUGGUCAUUUUUCAUAAUUGACCUGUGAAUAAAAUAUAAACUGUGGAUAAAGCGGAUGCACUUGAGGAAACAAAGUUAUUAAACUUCUGAUUGAUUGACUGACUGUUUGUUGGUUUAUCUUGAUCUGGGUUUUGCAGGUAUUUUCAAGAUGACCCCUCAGAUUUGUCUUGAAAUGUUGUUUAGGGUCCAGACCCCACACUGUGUCAAAUGCAAAUUAGUAUUCCUGUUGUUAGACGGUCAUUAUACUGUGUUUAUAGAAAACCAUCUGUAUUCACAACACCUUGCUAGACAAUGAUUUCAAAGC